GCGAGGUGAGCAGCCGAAUAUUUAAUUUUCAGUUUUUAUAGUUGGAAAUUUGCGAAAAGCAAGUAACUAAAAAAAAUCAAAAAUCAACUUCUUAACCUUGCAAUAUCUAAUUUUUGUCAGUAAUUAUUUACAUUGAUAUAUUUGCUUUGGUUAUUGUGUGUUGGGCGUUUCCAUGGGCCAGAGAAAUUGUUUGGCUUGGAAAAAAGUGGUUGUGCUGUGAAAGUGUUGAAAUAUGUAAUUUAAAAUUUAUAGCUUGAACCUAAAUAAGCUCCAGGAAGCUUAAGUUAACAAAGAAAGUGUUCAAUGUAUUUGUAAAGGUGCACUCCUUAACAACGUAUUGUUCCGGUAAUGAAAAAUCGAAAAAAGACCAAUUCUGCUGACGCGAUUGUUACUCCGUUAUGGGCACAUCUGUCGUAUGCAGUACCUACCGAUCUCUUUCUUUGUUUCGUGCAAAUCUUCGUUUUAUAGUCGACUCUUUUGGCCAAUUUCAGUAGUUGCCAAAUUUUUCGUUGUAAAGUACAUUGUAAAACCUCAAAACCAUGUUUAGAAGCUUUCUGUAUGUAGGAUAAGUGAAUAAUCUGUACUGCUCUGCCUAUGUAAACCUGUCCAAUGUCAGAUAGCUUGUCAUACAUGUCGUCAGCAUGGCAAUGCAUCAUCAUUUAGAAACCGUCCAAGUCACACAAGCAUACCACGCACAGCAGCGCUCAUUCAUUCCGACCAAGUCUGCGUGUACUUUUUUAUACACCUAGUAUUGCCAUAAAAGUUAACAAGAAAUUGCCAUGGCUACAACUACGCCGAUGGCAAAGGCAGAAAAUGCAUCGAAACACCCACAACAAGUACAACUAGCAGAGGCUGGUGAAGCUGAACAUCAACAAACAAACUAUAAUGUUGUCAAUAUUGUGGCGGAAGAGGCAUCGACAAAAAAUGGGUGCGUCACACAGACAGAUGUGCAGGAGGUAAUUGACGAAGUGGAGCAACACACCCUAAUGAAAACAAAUAAUAUCGCACCCGGUUCGGAUACGGGACCAGCGGAAGUAGAAGCAACGUCAGCUACACCUGCUGCCACCACUUUGUCAGUAAUGGUCGUGAAUGAUGUACCAGAGACUCGUCUUUGUGGCAAAAAACUGUUGUUGUGUCGGCGCUUUAAGAACUGUGGCGAAAUUUUGCGUAACUUCAAUUCCCUGCCACUAUUCGUUUACGCGACAUCGCCGUCUACUCACGCCAUUUCAGCCGAUGGCGUGGGUGUGGCCAAAGAGGCUGUUGCAGUUGCAGCUGCAGGUGUAUUGGGUCAUAAGAAUGACGCUUAUGACCUUGCACUCUGCCCCACGAACAAUAGCGGGUUUGGAACAGCAACCGCAAUUAUUGGCGCCAUGGACUGUCUGCCAAUCAUGAAUGGCGGCGGCGGCGGCGCCAGUAGUAGCAACGGCAGCGGUAUCGGUACACUUGGUAUCGGCGGUGCACAUCAUUACAUCAUGCCCAGCGGCAACAGUUCAGCGGCUGCUAUGGGUGGCGGCGGCAGCACAGCAACCGUCACCGUUGUCGGUGCAUAUCAGCAACACCUCGCCAACUUGCAUACACAUCAUCCGCACUUGAAUUUGAUUGGCCAUCAUGCCGUCACACCGUACAGCAAUAAUUAUCCGCUGCAUCACAGCAGCAGCCAUCAUCACAUACAAAGCGAGCAGACGAAGUCGCUGCAGGAGUUGCAACAUGAGGUUGGAGCGCUGCUGGAAUUUCGCGAUCUGGUCAUUGAAACGUUUCCAGAUCUCAAACAUAAAAUGGCUUCGAUGUCUUCUUCAUCGGCCGCGUCCACGACGACAGCGGCGGGCGGCACGUUGAUGAGCGGCACAUCAGUGUCGGGCGCGAACACGCUGACUGGUGGCAGUGGCGGAAUGUCUAAUGCGUCAUUAGUGUCAAGACGCGAGUGGGAGCCCGGCAUACGUUUGAAGCGUAAAGUUUCGCAAAAAGAUCCGUCCACACCGACCACCCCAAGCGCUGUGGUGACGACGAAUUCUGCUGGUGCCGUUGCAGGAGUCGCAGCUGGCGAAUUAUCGUCGUCGUCGCUGACGCGUAGUCGCAGCAACUCGCAUAGCGGCAAAAAGGAGCCAAAGAGUGGAGAGAAUAAUAAUGGGAGUGUUGUGCAGGACUCUGGUUUCUCAACGGAGACGAGCUCCUCGAAGGAAGGUCAUAGCGCAUCGUCUACGAACGGUGCUAUGACGGGUGCCACGGCGCUGAAUCGCCUCUCCUGCCACGAAUCUGACGAUGAGCUUCUCAAUCUGCUCGACGUUAUACACCGCAAAUCGAAUCGUUUACGCGAAGAAAUGGAUCAGUUACAGCAGUAUGAGCGGCAGAAUCUACGUGGCGCUAGCAGUAAUCUUAGCACUAACAACAACACUAAUCUGGCGGAUGAGUCCACAACGACUGUGAUUGCUGCAAGCGAAGCAUCCACACCGACAACGCGUAGUUCUUCGGUGUUAGCAAAGUCAAGCAGCGCUAGCGGCAGCAGUCAAAGUACAGUGAAUGCUGCCGGCCUUACGCCGAAAACCUUCCGCGAACAUGUUGAACGUCUUAACAAAGAGGAUAUCAAACAGUUGCGUAGAGAGCGUGAUCGUCUGCUGGACAAGUUGGCCGAAAUGGAAGCAGAAACGUUGACUGGGCGCAUUAAGGCAGCUAAAAUGAAUGACCAAGUGGAGGAGUUAAUCAGUGUGAAGAAAGAUCUCGAGGAGCAAUUAAAGCUGGCGAUGGCGCAGAAGUUGGAAUUGAGCGCGCGGGUGCAGCAAUUGCAACAACAGCAGCAGCCGCAGCAGUUGCAGCAUAGCAAAAGUUCAUCGAGUCAAUCUGAUUAUUCGAGUCAGCGCAAUUUCUUAUCUUCUGCAACAACGGUGCUAUCAACAGGUAGCGCUGCUUCAGUACAGCUUCAAGACGGUGGCGCAGCUGCCAACACCAUCACUACCAUACUAUCGAACGCACAAAGCCGGCGUCAACAUACAUUCCAGCCAGUGGUGGUGUUUGAUCAACAGCAACAGUAUCAGCGUCCACAAUAUACAACUCCCCCGGAGGACAUACACAUUGCAUUCCAUCAAAGCACAGGCAGUGAUAGUAAAAGGCAACAAUCGGACCAGGGCGAUCAACAGCAGCAGAAGCAAUUGGGUCGACUGGAUGGCAUUGUGAGCACACCUGGUGGGCGCUAUAGUAAAUGCCGCAUGAUCGAUUCGAAACGUUUCGCCGCAAUACUAUUAGAGACGAGCGUAGUUGAGUUGCAAAGGCAUCUGCUGACGCUCACCGUGCAAAAUCAAGUUCUGAUGCAGAAACUGGAUUCCGCUACCAAGUCAAAAACAAAUUUAGCCAAAAGACUGGAUAAAUCGAAAGAUGAUGUUGAGGAUCUGCGUUUCCAGCUGGAGGAGAAGAAUAUUGAGUUGGAGGGCACUAAAGCGCAACUGCGCAUACUUGAGUCUCGCAUACACUCUGUGACGCCUAGCAGUGGUGCACCUACCAGUUCAUAUUUGCACUCGCAAAAUGAUUACGAAACAAAUCGUUCAUCGGCUUCCACCACAUUGAUGUUGAGUCGGCGUGGCAUUGGUAGUGGCGCUAGUGAUACGCUGCACUACAGUGAUUUGCGUUCGGCCACACCAAUUUCAGCGACAACGACAGCAACAUCAGCGGCUGGGCAAAUGCCCGCACCGCAAGUAACGCAAAUCUCUACGCCCAGCAUGAAGGCGAUGGUGCAUCUGCCGAUGGAUGAAUUGCAGCAACAUAGUAGCAGCACAGAAUCAGCGCAUGAUCAUGAGCUGCAAGAUAAUGGCCAUGCCCAGAAUGUGGCCAGCAGACUAAUGAGCGCAAGUGUGGGCGGUGUGAGCCCGUUUGAGAGUGCGGUGCGCGGUAAAAAAAUUAGCAUUGGAAGCAAGCCCAGCAAGAUUCCUUUGCCUGGAAGCAAAGCGGCGGCCUAUUUUGCAGGUAAACCACCUAGUGGACGACCGUCUACAGCUGGUCGUUCGCCACCUUCUACUCACACCUACGCCGCCUCUAACUCAUCGAGCAAAUCCUCGCUGUGUCGCAGCACAGGAAAUCUGCUCUACAGCAAGUCGCCGAACAGUCUGAAACGCGCUGACUCCGCACAAAGUAUACGUAAAGACAAUUCGUCAUUGAGCACCAACACGAGUCGCAGCUCUACAUCUUCCUCUAUACCGUUGGCGACACAUCACUUGUCAAAUGCUACCUCGAAGUCGCCGAUUGGUGCAACCGCGUCGACUCCAACUCCGUCCCCGAGAGUUUUACAAAACUCUCCACUACCGAAGCUAAAGCGUGAAUCGCUCACCUCACGCGUUCGCCAUUUGGACUCACUUUCGCGUGUACAUCAACAUAAUCAUCAUUCAAAUAUAAGCAACGGUGGUGGCAGCGAUGUUUCGUGCACUUCACCUACAGCCAGCAACAACAACAACCACGCCAAUUCGACACUUCUCACAUCGAGCUCGCCUACUGCGCUUUCUGGCAGCUCGGCAAGCAGCUACAUAGUGAGUAGCACGCCGAAGCCAAGNCCGGUUAAAAUGCAACGAAUAUCGCGGAAGAUGUGUAAAUUUAGCAACGCCAGCUUUAUCCUUUACUCUACCACCUCCUGUCUUCCUGUUCACCCGUUCACCUGCUUCUCUGUUACAACGGCUACAACAUCUUUCAACUACAUAGUAUCAUUCUUGAAGCAAACAAGCAAGCAAAAAGUCUUUCGCCAUUCACUACUUUAUGAGCUGCAGCUACCGAACACCAAAGGCUGUAAGAAAACUAACAAACCCACGACAGCGGGCGCAUCCUGGCGACAACAACAAUGGCAUCAAGUGCUUGCACAAGCCUUGAGUGACCAUGCGCAUCUCGGUAGUGCUGGCGGGGGCGGCGGCGUCGACGCUUAUGUUGACCUUGAUUGCGCCGUCGAUGUAGGUGGCAGUGCGCUCUCUCCCACAACCUUUGCUGCCCGGCCGUUGCCACUUCAAUUGGGUGCAAAUCUCCAGCUGAAGAGCAAAAGCAAAGACAACUAUAACUUCGUACGUGCCUAUGAGUUGGAGGAGCAAACCAAACUGCACCAACAACAUGAAAGCAAAAUGAAAUCAUUACUGCCAGAAGCUAGCAUAUCCAGCUAUGAUUAUUACUACUCGAAUGACUCCCUCCGCAGUUCAGAUUGCGGCAGUGACAAUUUGGUAGUCACUUUCGAUUAUGGCUUUAGUGACUCGCUGCUCGAAGAAAUAUCUGGAAAUGAUUUUAGUGUGGAAAAGAAAAUGCAGGCUGACUUACGCACAGUGUAUCCAAUCAAGGAGGAAAUAGAAUAUGCGCCGAACGUUGAAGAGACCAAUGUUUGGGGGCGGAAGGCAGAGAGUGCAAGCAGCUUAAAAAAAUAUGAUGAUGAUGACUACAGCGAUAGCUGGGAACAGCAGGAAGAGGAAGGGGAAGCGGAGAGGAUAGCACCCGAUGACCAUGAGGCGCAAAUUUGGUUUAACACAGCGCUGACACGCAGUCAAAAUGAGGGCUGUGCUGGAGCGGCAUUCAAAGUACAUCACAUGCAACAUGCGCUUUUGGUGGGGGAUAAUGAAGAAGUGGAGUUGAAAGACGAAGAGGUGCGUGAAGAGAAUCUCGAUUCGUCGUUAGAAGUAGAAGAUCGAAAAAACGUUAGCCAGCGCAGUGCGAGUACCAGUAGCGCCAGCAGUUUCUACUACCGGCAGUUGGCGCUGGAACAGUGGGGGAGGGCGACCGAGACCGAGACCGCCGUCGAUGUUGCGCCUAAUGUAGCGGAAAUGAAAACAAAUGAAGAGGGCGAUGCUGGAAGCGGCGAAGAGGAAUUCUUCGAUAGUUUGAAUUUAGCGUUGUAGUCAGCACUCUUUGUACAUUUACUUAUGUACUUGUUGCUAUUUCGUUAUUUGUUUAAAAGAUGACUUAAUUAGUGCAAGCGGUGCUUGAUUUUUCCACAACGAAAUUUUGAGAUUCUAGCACAAAAUUCGUUACACUUCUCGCUUCUAACAUAUCGCUCGUUUGCUGGAAAAACGACAAUAUACCAAAAGAAAGAAUUGCCAAUUUUUCUUUGAUGCGAGGCCAUGAGCAGCCAACUGUCUUUUUGUGUACUUGCCUACUUAAAAUAGUCUCAAAUGUGAUAAUUUUGAUUAUUAAUUUUAAGGUACAAAGCUAUUUAACGUACUAUCAAAUUACGAAAUAAGCGACCUUUACUUUAAAAUUUAUACCAUUUGAAACAAUUUUAAGAAGUUAAUUAAAAAAAUGUGGGCUUGGCUCUCAUGGCCUCAUGUAUGACUUUUCCACUUUACUAUAUUUAAAAAACAAACUCUUUGCCCACAGUAAGGAAUCAAUUUAAGUUGACGGCCGUAUCAAAUUUUACGAUGACAUACAUAUACAGUCAGCGUUAAAAAUAUGAAUCCACUGAAGUUUUGGCGCGUUUAUUUAUUUAUAUUUUCCAUAACAAAUUUUUCUUAUUUUUCUAUAAAAAUAUAGUUCAUUCAACA